CAACAUUCUCUCUAUGCUAGCAGUACCGUUUUGCCAAACGUCGAACAAGCUAGACUUGCCUUUCAAAACGUGGCUACCCUACAGUAUUGAAACCCGUUGGAGCUACUGGCUGUCGUUCGGUCAUCAAUUUCUCGGUUUGCUUUGUUGCGCCUCGGUGAGCGUUGCCAACGACACAAUUGUCACGGGUUUCAUGAUGCAAGCUUGCGCUCAGUUUGAGAUUCUCGAACAUCGCUUCAAGCUACUACCUCGGUUGGUUGAGAAAGCCAAGAGCCAAAUGACGGAUAAUGAAGUCGACAAGUGCGAAGAAAAUAUUUUAAAACAAUAUGUGCAGCAUCACAAUCAUAUUUACGAAUACCUUGGCAAUGUCAUGGAUAUAUUCAACUCCAUCAUUUUUGUACAAUUCUGCGCAAGUGCCAUGGUAAUAACUGUAAGUGUAUAUCAACUGUCAAUGAAAAAUCCAAGUAGCUUCGAUUUUAUCAUGGUACUACUGUAUUUGAUGAGUAUGCUCACCGAGUUCUUCAUGUAUUGCUGGUUCGGUAAUGAAGUGACAAUAAAAAGCAUUCAGUUUGCCAAAAAUAUUUACCUUUCGGACUGGACGACUUUGAAUGUUAAGUCAUGGAAAAUGAUGAUAUUCGUAAUCCACCGAACUUCCAAACCAGUCAUUAUAUCAUGUUAUAAUUGGGUGUUUUUAUCGCUCGAUACUUAUGUACAAAUUCUGAAAUUGUCUUACUCGGCUUUCAACAUUUUGAGACGGUCAGCAAUAAAUCAAUAAUAAAAAGUCUUGAAAAUCUA